AAAUGCGACAGCACCGAAUUCUAUUCAAUUCGAUUAUUUCAACUAUACGAUGGAACUAAUCACUUGGCUUUUAGCUCUGCAGACACUCGCCAGCAUCGUCUCUAGGGGACCAUCAUAUAAUAUUAACCUCAGGAGAACCACUCGUGCAUAGCUAGAUGACGGUGUUCACCAGGUCACGGGCUUACUGAGAUAACUACUCUAUGCUUAUUGUGCACCCAGGGGCUGACAUCAUCCGAUGUCUUGUUGACUUGUUGACUUGAUGACUGCAACUGUUAAAACUGUAUUUCGGAGGAGGAGGUUUGAUGGGAUGGAAUGAAUGCACAGAUCCAUUGUCACGACUCCUAAACAUCGGAGGGAGGGACGGGCUGAUUUUUUUAUACGACACCAGGAUCUGUAUCUGUUCGCGGAGUGAAUAACUUACUUUAAAGUCGGCAACGUGACACACAGGCGGAACAUUUGUGGCUUAGUAAGUGUACAUUGAUUCACAAUCUCGUUCAGCAACAGCUGAAAGUGACGUGCGUUAUAACGAGGACUAUUGUCGCGGGAGGAAUUUGACAGAAGGCUAUGGGGGGAGAAAUGGGAAAAGUAAAAGACAAAAUGUCACACGCUAAAGCUCCCCCACUGGUUCGUCAGAUGACGGAGGAGGAGAUAAAAGAACAAAAUACGAAGUUGAAGUAUCUCGAGGAAGAAUUCAACUGCAUGGAUGUGACCGGCAACAACGUACUCAACUACGGGGAAUUCGUCAGGCUGAUGAGGCUGCUGAGAUACCCUACCGGGCACGAAGGGGCAAAGCAAAUUUGGCUGAAGCAAUUAGGGAAGAAUGAGAGAAGCAUCAUGACGAAGGAUGAGUAUGUGAAGUUGAUGACGUCAGAUACAACCCUAGAGAAGCUGACAAGUGUCUGGAGGUGUGUUUAUGAGGAGUUCGACCACGAUCACUCUGGCUGGGCCUCAAAGCAGGACGUGGUCAAUGGCCUGGAGAACUCCCUUGGUAUCCCUGUAAAAGGAACUCUCAAAGAAAAGAUUGACGCCAUGGAUGAAAAUGGAGAUGGAAAAAUCUACUACUCGAAUUUCCUCCGCAUGCAGCUGCACUUGAUCCAGAAACAAGGUUCUAUCUCACACGACACCAGCACUAACUGAGUCAAAACGAGGCUAAAUGGGUCAUGACGUCAAGACAACGUCUUGACUUUAUAAGAAGAUUCUCAACGUGUUCUUUAAUGUAUUUUGAAGCCUAAAUGGUAAUAAUAAUGCACUCUGCUAUCAAACGACAAGUUCAACAGUGCAAAACGGAUGGUGGAGGGAAAGACGUCAGCUUUUAAUAGUUCCAAAUGAUGCAUAUAUAAACCCGGCUGGCGGGAGAAUGUCGCGCGUGUUAACAGAAGUGAAUGCCGAAUUCACAUAAGUCAUAGAGGUGCUAAGACAAACACGUUAUAGAGUGCAUUUUUGCUCAUUAAUGUUCCAAGUAUUUACCAAUAUUAUUACCUUACCUUAUACUGCUGAUUAUGUGUAAUCUUUAUUUGGUAUUUUGAUCUUAUAUGAAUGCACUUUUAAAAGGUAAACUUGUAAUUGCUCGAUUCCCAUUCAUCAAAAUAAUAUGACUACAAUCAGAAAAUACAAUGCAUUCUAACGCGAGUUAAUUGCAAUUUAUGAUGAAGACAAAGGGGAAUGGUUUAAUUUUAGCUGAUUUUAAGGCAAGAAAAGUCAUUAUUGUGGUUUCAUACACAGCUAAGUAACAUACCUUUUGCAAUUAUUUCACGUUUCUAUGUUAAUACCAGGACAUAAUGCCCACAUUACCCUUCAAAUACUCGUACCAUCAGAAAACAUUAUACAAGCUACAGUCAGCAUCAAGUAUUUCACACGAGUGUUUUACAGUCAAAAUAGAGGUACCGAAUUUUGUCUUUUACUUAUAACUUCCAUGCUAGCCUACCAUAUCUUGAUGGUUUAGUAUAUAAAUGAAAGUACGUACUAGACUCGGAUGAUAACAUACAAUCCAUUAAAUGUAAAACAUAUAAUUAUAUAUAAUAAAUAUACACAAUAUAAUAAAUAUAAGGGUGAAAUAUAAACAUUAACAUAUUUUUACACAUUAUUAUCAAAUAUUUUAUACAAAUAGGAAGCAAUUUUCAAUAUAUCUCCUGACACCUUCAUAAUAAAUUGAAGUAGAAGAGGAAAUCUUAAUACAUUUCCGUUAGAAAUAAGGCUAUCAUAACUCCCAUUGAGAAGUUACGAUACCAUAACCUUCGCGAUACAGAAAGACAAACGUAUUUAAUAAUAAAGUCGAUCGGUUACAAUACAAUAACUCCCAUUGAGAAGUUACGAUGCCAUACUCUUCGCGAUAUAGAAAGACAAACUUAUUCAAUAAUAAAAUCCAUCGAUUACAAUACAAUAACUCCCAUUGAGAAGUUACGAUGCCAUACUCUUCGUGAUACAGAUAGACAAACUUAUUCAAUAAUAAAGUCCAUGGAUUACAAUACAAUAAUGUUUAAAAGGUUAUAUCCUUCACGGUACAUGUUCUUACUGAUGACUUACAUGUGUAUCCUGAUUCAUAUACUGCGCGAAAAUUGAUUAAGACAGUACAAGGUCAAGGUGCAAGGUCAAGACACAACCACUCAAAGAACAAAAUACUGAUGUACCCGUUUAUAUGAAUCUGUUACGCUGCUGUCUUAUUGCUAGCUUCGUCUUUGGAAUCUGUGGUGAUGUUACCGUCAUAUUGUAUGUUUGUACAUUUUUUUAACCUUUAAGCUUGAAUAAACAUUUAAUCUUUC